AUGGCUACUCCAAUACAACCUGUAAUACCAUCAUUUUAUAAACCAAAAGGAACAACAGCAGCAGCAACAAACAAUAAAAAUGUUAAUGACAAUCAUAAAGAAUCAGUCAUAGGAACAAAUGAUGAUGCAGCAUCAUGCAAAGAGUCUGCCGUAAAGAUUGGUUACUGGAAAGAUGAUUUUAUACAAUACUUUGUUAAAUCACCUGUUCGUAGAGCACCUUUAAUCAACAGAGGUUUCUUUACAAGAGUAGAGACUGUAGAGGCUUUAUUAAAUCAAUUCAUUCAAGUAUAUACUACCCCUUCCUCUUCUUCUUCUUCUUCCCCCUCUUGUUUGCAAUUAGUUAAUCUUGGUUGUGGAUAUGAUACACUAUUCUUUAGAUUAAAACAACAACAACAACAACAACAACAUGAAAUAACAUUCUUUGAAGUUGAUUAUUUACAGGUUAUACAAAACAAACUCAAGAUUAUAAAUUCAACCAAAGAGUUGCGUCAUUUAGUAGACAGUGAUUGGAAUGAUCCAAUACCAUCAUCAUCAUCAUCAUCAUCAACGAACCAAACCCAAACCAAUGGUUUACACAAUGUAAAGAUUGAUUGGGAGAAUAAUAGAAUGAUAUCACCUCAUUAUCGAGUCUCUCCCAUUGAUCUUUGUAACAUUUCUUCAUUUGAUGAAAUAUUCAAUUCACUUGGUAUCAAUUACAAUAUACCUACAAUAUUUUUAUCAGAAUGUGUAAUUAUAUACAUUACAGCAGAUAAUGGAAACAAAGUUAUUAAAUGGGCAUCUGAUCAUUUUAAAGAGAGUUGUUUUGUUACCUAUGAACAAAUAAAGCCUUUUGAUGAAUUUGGAUCAAUGAUGGUAAAGAAUAUAAACUCUAAAGGAUGUCCUCUGCAAUCAAUCUAUCAAUUCCCCGAUCUUAUAGCACAGAAGAAUAGAUAUUUGCAAUUGGGGUGGAAUAGAUCCGAUGCACUAGAUAUGGUUGACAUUUAUAAUUAUUUUAUUGAUAAAUCAAAGAUUAAAAUAAUUGAAAGAUUAGAGAUAUUUGAUGAAUUUGAAGAAUGGUAUUUAAUUCAAGGUCAUUAUUGUUUUACCAAUCUGCGAUAUUAA